UGGGAUCUUUCCACAACUUCAAUGUUGCUUUUAUUUAAUGCACCUUGUCUAGUGUGCGUUCGCUCCUUACGCAUCUUCUGAAAUGCCCGCGAGCAUAUCUCGCUCGUCUCGCGGGAUCUUUGCCGUUAGACCAAAACUCAUAACUCUUUCUGCAAGGUGCUUCUCAGCCAGCUCUGAUUCCUGCAGGCAGCAAAGUCAAGUCAAUUGGCAACAGUUCAAUGCCGGUGGUGGAGUUGGUGGCGGUGUGAAGAGAGUCGGUCCCUCUCCUGGUUUUGUGGCGAACUCAUUCGAAGAAGCAUCGGGUCAGCCUUCAAGUUCCCAUGGAUCUCGAGCUUCAGGAGGUCCUCUCGGUCGCUCCGGUAGAGUGAUAUUCUCGGGAAUCCAGCCAACAGGAAUCCCACACCUCGGCAAUUACAUAGGUGCGCUUCGACAGUGGAAGCAGUACCAUGAGCAGUCAAUGAACCCUCAACUGGUCGGAGGCCUGGACACGGAGCAGUAUUUCUCCAUUGUUGAUCUACAUGCUUUGACUUCCGCCAUUCCGCGUCAGCAGAGGGCCAUCUUGAGAAAAGAGUCAUAUGCCUCAUUAUUGGCAAUGGGCUUGACUAAUCAGUCGUCCACAGCCGUGUUUUUCCAAUCAGAUAUUCCUCAUCAUAGCGAGCUUAUGUGGAUCUUGAGCACCAUUGCAUCUACUGGAUACUUGUCUCGCAUGACUCAAUGGAAGAGCAAAUUGAACCUGGACGAAAGCGUGAAUUUGCACAGUGAAGAAGCCACUGCGAAACUGAAGCUUGGUCUCUUCUCCUACCCUGUUUUACAGGCCGCCGAUAUCUUGCUCUAUCAGACAUCUCUCGUUCCCGUUGGUGAAGAUCAACUACAGCACGUUGAAUUUACUCGCAAUCUAGCCCGAGGCUUUAAUUCUUAUUUGACCCAACAUGGUGGGGAUCCUGUCUUUAACAUCCCAUCGGCUGUUCUUGUCGAGGGUAAGAGAAUCAUGUCUCUAAAGCGGCCCUCACAAAAGAUGUCCAAAUCCGACGAGGAUCCAAAGUCGAGAAUCCUGAUAACAGACUCGGCUGUUGAUGUCUUUGCCAAGAUCAAAGGUGCUGUCACCGAUUCCGAAGCCGGUAUCUCCUAUGAUCCAGAACGACGUCCUGGGGUAUCCAACCUGGUGGAGAUCUUGAAGCAUAUGACUAACAGUCCUCUGUCAUGCAAAACCAUCGCUGAGGACCAUCAGAACAGCUCGAUGCGUGCGUUCAAGGAAUUUGUGGCCGAGGCUGUUAUAAAUGAGCUUUCUGGAAUCCGAUCUAGGUUCCGGGAGUUGAUGGAUCCACAUAACCCCGUCCUGCGCGACGAAAUGCACCUCGGCGCACAGAAAGCACAUGCAAAAUCAUCAAUUACUUUCGAAUUGGUCAAAAAGAACCUUGGACUAGCUGGCUGAUGGCAUGAUAUUUGCCAUGACGCCAGCGAACCAAAGGUCUGAACGACUGAACGUGGCUGAAGUAUAAGUACGACAUCCACAAGACCGUCGAUACAUCAUUUGGCCCGACCCCUUUCAGGCCCACAUGUUCGGCUUGCUGCGUACAGACUUGGAUGACAAUGAUGGGAUGCAUGCAGCCCCUUGCUGGAGCAUUCUUGUGGAUGAACGAUUUCCAUGCGACAAUGGGCCAAGCUAGCAAGGGAACAGAAUGCCAAUGUGCUGGGCGUUUGGCGAUAUGCCUCCUUUCUUGCCCUUCACUGGUGAAGGAUCAAAUCCGGUCACGCACUGGGAGGAUCUCGGAGGAGUAUGAGACCUGCAUCCAUCAACUCAUAUCGACUUCAAGUUCUCAGGAUACCCAACGAAGUCUCUAGAGGCAUUUCCCUUUACGGUUGUUAUAACCUUACUGCUCCGACAUAUGGUGUGGCUUGAUGCUCUUUGUUGCGAGAGGAAAUAGAAAACAAGACCCUGUAUAUUAGUAUAGAACCA